ACACACACACACUUCUUUCCCUUACCCUUUCCUAGCCAAAGCUUGUAACUACUUGGAAGUAUUUAAAGACUUCCAGAUCCUAGCUUAAGCUCUUCAAAAAGACACAGAAGACAAGGGGAUACAAUUCAUCCUGGUCUCAUUGCAAACCAGUUGAAAGUUUCAAGGAUGCCAAACUGGGGAGGUGGAGCCAAAUGUGGUGCGUGUGACAAGACUGUCUACCAUGCUGAAGAAAUCCAGUGUAAUGGCCGUAGUUUUCAUAAGACAUGCUUCCAUUGCAUGGCCUGCCGAAAAGCUCUGGACAGUACGACAGUAGCAGCCCACGAAUCUGAAAUCUACUGCAAAACUUGUUACGGGAGAAAAUAUGGCCCAAAAGGGAUUGGCUUUGGACAAGGUGCAGGCUGCCUCAGCACAGACACUGGAGAGCAUCUUGGGCUGGAUCUACAGCACUCACCAAAGCCAGCUCGUCCUUCCACUCCUACCAACCCUUCAAAGUUUGCCAAAAAAUUUGGCGAUGUUGAUAAAUGCCCUCGUUGUGGGAAGUCAGUGUAUGCUGCAGAGAAGAUAAUGGGAGGAGGAAAGCCGUGGCACAAGACAUGCUUCCGAUGUGCUUUCUGUGGGAAGAGUCUAGAGUCUACAAAUGUCACAGAUAAAGAUGGAGAGAUUUACUGUAAAGUUUGCUAUGCAAAGAAUUUUGGUCCUAAAGGAAUUGGAUUUGGUGGCCUCACUCAAGUUGAACAGGCUUAGACUUGUCCAAAUAGUAACACAUGAACAAGAACGUAUUAAGAAUACUUUUUUCAUCUGAAGAAGUACUCUCCUUUCUUCCACACGUUUUGUAGAAUGGUGCAGGAAAGCUUGUUGUGAGAGGUAGUGUAGGAAAACAUUUACUUUCUUAACAGCUACUGUUUAAUAUCUUAAUUUCUGGACUGUUCACAAAUAAUUUCAGAAUUGCUACCUAUUUUAAAUAACAGGAGCACAUAGGAUACCACUAUAAAGAUUACUGGUUUUUACAUCAAUGUUAAAGAAACAGAACCUGAUUCCUAUUUUACAUUCUGUUGCUUAUAAGUGCCAAAAUAGCACUUUUGAAGAUGUGUUGUUGGUAUGUCAUGAAAUAAAGAUAUUGGACUGUAA